UCAUCAGAGGAGCUGCUGUCACCAACAGGGACAAUUAAUAAGAUGCAGAUGUCCCACAGACCUGUGGAGUGGCUCGCUGUCAUGCUUCUCGUUGUUUUUACAGCUGCUCUGUGUCAACAGAACGAGAGCCGUCGAGCUGUGAGCGAGCACCAGCUGAUGCACGACCGCGGCCGAAGCAUCCAGAGUCUCAAGAGGCUCAUCUGGCUGUCCAGCGCCAUCGAGGGUCUCCACACUGCUCAGACCCGCUCUGCUUUCAACCCCACAAAGACCCUGAACCUGGCUCUGAAUCCAGCGCUGGUGUCUGGGGCCGGGAGCCCACAGCCCCCCCGGGUUCAGAGCCUCCUGAGAGACUUCUUUAACCCUUACCUGACUCAACAGUCAGACAGGGAGGCCUAACAUCACUUUGAUGCUCAAACAUGGAGCUACGGCACACAUACAUACAAAGUUUUCUGUGUCCAUUCUUUGUCUUAAGAUACUCAUUCAACUGCAGAUGUGCAGACAUGUCGUGAUGUAUAAUCGAGGGCUGGGCGAUACAAACAAGUAAUGUUUUCAAGCAUGGGGGGAUUCACAAUAAAAAAAACUACAAAAAAAGUCAAGCAAAACUGAUACAAAACUGAAAUAUUGUGCCCGCUAUCUGCAACACAGAGCUUGAACCUGACUUGUUGGUCUGGACGAGUUGUUUUUAAACUGUUUUGACUCGCAAGCCCCUAGACUGGUGUCACAACCUGUCCCCCCCUCCAUGCAAAUGCAUUGAUUGCUCAUAAACUGCAUGUACAGCUGUAGUGUUGCUACAUGGCAAGUGGUUACUAUUACCCAAGAAAAUAUCUUUGGACCCACUUGGGGGUUCCAACCCCAAGGUUGAGAACCACGGGUUUAGAGGAGGUGUUUUUAAAGUCCGAGAAUUCAGACCUACUGCAGACAAAGUCUAGAACCAGAUACCUCAUCCCCUUUAGGUUUCCUGGAUUGAUCUUGACUAUAUAUUAUUUGAUCCCAUUGACACUAUUGCUGUUUGACAUGAGUCAUGACGUUACACUAAACCAAAUACAUUUAGAGAAGGUCUGUCUUGAGACAUGUAUCACUUUCUAACUGAGGAGAGGGGAAAAUGUUUGCCCCAAACUAUAUUUGACCAUUUAACUGCUGCAUUCAUUUGUAUGUUGGACAGGACGGAGAUAAAAAAGUGUUUAACUAAAUCUAAAGUAACUAAAGCUGUCAUAAAAAAUGUAGUGGAGUAAAAUGAUAAAGUUGCAUUAAAUGUAAAUAUUCAACUGAAGUAUGAAUUUGUAUUUAAGUACAGUAGUUUGACUCUCCUGAGAACUUCUUCUACCAUAAUACCGUUUUUUUCCUGUGGACACCAGAAAAAAGCCUAAACCAUUAAACAAUUCAAAGAGGACGUCCCUUGCUUUUGGUGCAUUUUAAACUUCAAAAUCCGUGCACAGUUUCAUAUUAGGAAAAAUAAUGUUAAAUUGAAUUUCUCCUUGAAUAGCCUGGGAGACC